CUCUCUCUCUCUCUCUCUCUCUUUCUUGCUUUGUUCUUCUUCUUGUUUCCAAGAGUUUUCCCAGUGUCAUGCUCCCACUUGUGCUUUUCGCCAUGGAAGGCCUCGGAUUGAUGCUCUCCUCCUCCUCUUUCUAUGGCCUUGAUCGCAAGUAGCGUGGGACGAGGAGGAGGAGGAAGGGAGGAGGGAUGGAGAAGAGUUGCGGGUGCUGGGCGGCGGUUGCUCGUGGGAUUAGAGGGGCCUGCAGGUCUUCUAAGGCUGCCAAAGACUCGCCCAAUGCCCUCCCGAAGAACAGUCUGGUCUAUGAUGCAGCAACUGAGACAAGAUAUCUAAAUGCUAGCAAUCGUGAACUUGCUGCUCGCCAUGAAUCUAAUUUUUCUGUGGAAACUGCUGCAAAUCCACCUUCUGAAAACAAAGCAUCUUGUCAGUUACUUCAGUUUACUUUUCAGGAGUUGAAGUCUGCUACUGGUAACUUCAGACCUGAUAGUAUUCUUGGCGAAGGUGGGUUUGGCUAUGUUUUCAAGGGAUGGAUAGAGGAGAAUGGCACAGCUCCUGCAAAACCAGGUACUGGUAUUACUGUUGCAGUCAAGGGUCUGAAGCCCGAUGCUCUUCAAGGCCAUAGGGAAUGGGUGGCUGAAGUUGAUUUCCUUGGGCAAUUGCAUCACCCUAAUCUUGUUAAGCUCAUAGGAUACUGCAUUGAAGAUGACCAAAGGCUGCUUGUCUAUGAAUUUAUGGCUAGAGGAAGUCUUGAAAACCAUCUUUUCCGAAGGGCUCUUCCCCUACCCUGGUCCAGCAGGAUAAAGAUUGCACUUGGUGCUGCUAAAGGACUGGCCUUCCUCCAUGGAGGCUCCGAACCAGUUAUCUAUAGGGACUUUAAGACGUCUAACAUUCUUCUAGAUUCGGAGUACAAUGCAAAGCUUUCAGAUUUUGGACUGGCAAAAGCUGGGCCUCAAGGAGAUAAGACUCACGUUUCUACUAGAGUUGUUGGUACAUAUGGUUAUGCCGCACCUGAGUAUGUGAUGACAGGUCACUUGACAUCUAAGAGUGAUGUCUACAGUUUCGGUGUUGUGUUACUUGAGAUUUUAACCGGUCGAAGAUCUAUGGACAAAAAGCGACCUAAUGGGGAACAAAAUCUUGUGGCAUGGGCUAGACCAUAUUUAGGGGAUAGGCGAAGGCUUUACCAACUCGUAGAUCCUCGCCUGGAGCUUAACUAUUCGAUUAAAGGAGUGCAGAAGGUUGCUCAGAUAGCCUUCCACUGCCUCAGCAGGGAUCCCAAAACACGCCCUUCAAUGGAUGAGGUUGUGAAGGAUCUCAUACCACUGCAAGAUCUAAAUGACGUGGCUUCCUUGUCAUUUCGCUCUCGUUCAUCUCAGCGAGGUCGGUAAGGUGCGCCGCUGAUGAUGGUUUGAAUAUGCUUUCCAGAUUGCAGUUUCAAGGUUUCCUGAUUGCCAGAUUUUCAACCUAAUAAAGUGGAUGAGAACUGAGCAUUAAGGCGAGCUGCACCUCAGAUACUAGAAGACUAACUUAUCUCCAUUUAGAAGGUACUACGAAUGUUUUCUAAAGCUUGUUUUAUCGAAUUAGCCAUGUCGUGUGUAUGAUCAAAGAAAAUGACAUAUCAUCACUCUCAAGUUGCACAUAUCGGAAGGGAAGACGUACGGAUAUCCACAAACAACUUGUUGGCCUAGAGAGCCGAGAAAUGGCCACUUCUGUGUUUCAAGCUUGUAUUAGUUAUCAUAUUUCUAUGCCUGUUGUUUACUUGGAUGCGUUAGGGUUAUGGUCUUGUGUUUGAUUUGGUGAAAUUUAUGGAAAGCUCUUCCGCUUGGAAAGCUGAUUUCUGAUCAGUUUCCAUCAGCUGAUUUUGGUUAGUGGAUUUCGAGAAAUCAUGAGAAAAAUGUCAUAAAACAUAUAUCCUGAUAACCAUUACAAUAUAAUAUAUGUUUUUUUCUUUAU